AUGAGCAAGCGCUUUUUGCUACGCACGCCCAGCGAGCAUGGGGCAAGCACCUACCGCCGCUUCAAAUUCUCCAAGGCAGACCCCUCCCGAGACAUGGGGCCUCAGGUCAAUGACCCAGAGCACAUCAAGGCCGGCCGCAUUACGGUCAAGAUUGCAAGAGCAUUGCCGCUCGGCACAAGGAGCGGCCCGAUAAUGACAGGCGUCGAGUCCGGCGGCGGCAACGGCGGCGGCGCGGCGCUGGGACACCUGCCCGAGGGGAAGAAGUUCUUCCUGGCGCCAAGUCUCAAGACCGCGCAGGGGCAGCAGGAGACCAAGGCCACCAUGUGGAGCACCACCACCUACCAAACGGUGGAGACUUUGGGCGUGGCGGAGCUGCGCUACGAGACGGCGUCCACUCUCAUGCUGCGCAAGGCCCUGGACAAGGACAACCCCGCACACAGGCAGCUGCUGCGCGCCAGCCGGGACCCCACCGUGCUGGCCCUGCUGGGCGAAGACGGCGACGAGGGAGGCCGGGCGCAGCCACUGCGCGAGCGGCAGGCCCGCAGCCCGGGCGCCCGGGCCGGCGCCGGCGGCGGGGGCGGGGCCAAGGCGGCCGUCAGCGUGAAGCGUGAGCGCGGCGCGGCUGGGGCGGCAGCUGCUGCGGCGGCGCACGGCACGCGGGUCAAGCGGGAGCACGGCGCUGGCGGGGGCGGCGGCGGGGGCGGCGGUGGUAGUGGCGAUGGUGGCAGCGGCGGCAGCGUGUUUCUGGACCUGACCAAGCCCCAGGACAUGCCUUUGAGGGUGGGGGGCCGCGAGGUGCAGCGAAACGAGAUCGCGGUGUGCGACCUGCUGGACUCUGACGGCGAGGAGGGGGCACGGGCGCCGCGGUGGGAGGUGCGCAAGCGGCAGGCGGUGGAGAUCACUUCCAGGGUGUGA